ACGCAACAUUCAGGAUGGAAGAUAAUUUUAAGGUCGGUAGCCCGAAUUUGUUUAUAGAAGCCAUAAAAGAUAGCUUGUGGUCUAUCAGUAGCCUGCUGACCCAAUGCAUGUCCAGCCGUACGAAGACAAUAACGAUCAACAAUACAGAAUACACCAUCUUGAAGUACUUGUCUGAGGGUGCAUUCAGCUACGUGUACCUCGUACAAAACUCACAUGGUUUAUACGCAUUGAAAAAGAUCACAAAUGACGGUUUCGAAGCUGAAGUUAGCUGUUAUCAACGUUUUAAGAGUAAAUUUAUCAUCAAUUUACUCAAUUACUCCAUUCAAGAUGGUGCUAUAAACCUCAUUUUCCCUUAUUUCAAGAAUGGCAAUUUACAAGACUACAUAAACGUCAAUAACGCAUUCGAUGAGAAGACAGCUUUAAAAUUAUUUAGCGGUGUUUGUCAAGCUGUAGCUGUUUUACAUAAUUACAACACCCUUGACUCGAAUAGCUAUCCACCCUCGAGUAUUGAUGAUGAUGACGAGGGUACCGAUGCCGUUCCAUACGCUCACAGGGAUAUUAAACCAGGCAAUGUAAUGCUCACAGAUAACGCCUUACCAGUUCUUAUGGAUUUUGGCAGUUGCAUUAAAGCUAGAGUACGCGUGAACAACCGCUCAGAAGCUCUCAUACAGCAGGAUAUGGCAGCUGAGCACUCCUCCAUGCCUUACAGAGCACCUGAAUUGUUUGACGUCAAAUCUGAUACCACUUUAGACGAAAAAGUCGAUAUUUGGUCUUUGGGGUGUACCCUCUACGCAUUGACAUAUUCACACUCGCCAUUCGAAGACCCAAAACAAGCUGCGCAGGGUGGUUCAAUUGCUAUGGCCGUCCAAAGUGGCAGAUACAACUAUCCUUCAAACGAUACCCAUUCUGAUGGCUUUAAGAAUGUCAUAGACGCCUGUUUAAGGUUAAAUCCAGCCGAAAGGCCUAGCGUGGAUGAGCUCAUCCGUCUCACAGAGAGCGCCCUCAGUGAGAGUAUUUGAACUAACGUUGCAUCACCCAAAAAAGCCUAAUGGCAAUAAUACUAUGUACUUUUACUUUUACAAAUAUGACCUAAAU